UCGUCGCUUCCGUGUGAGUUGUGCCUGCACGCCGCCAAUGCCACUGCCAACGACCACCGUGGAUUCUCUCAAGGACGACAACGUCGAGAAGACGACCACCAUGGAUUCUGUCAAGGACGACAACGUCGAGGAGACGACCACCAUGGAUUCCCCCAAGGCGGACGACAACGUCGAGACGACCACCAUGGACUCCCACAAGGACGACAACGUCGAGAAGACGACCACCAUGGCCUCCCUGAAGGACGACAACGUCGAGGAGACGACCACCAUAGGCUCCAUCAAGGACGACAACGUCAAGGUGACGACCACCAUUGACUGCCUCAAGGGCGACAAUGCCGAGGAGAUCCUGUUCCGCCUCCCUUCGUGGGCCUCUCUCGGACACGCCGUGCGCGCCUCCGACAGCUUCUUUGACAUCGCAUCCGCCGGAGACUUCCUCGACCGCUUCCGCGCACGCCACGCCUCAUCGCCCCGCAGCUUCCUCGGCGUCUUUGCCCAAAGGGAUUCCCUCGGGCUUCCCGUGUUCCACCUCGCAGGCCCAGCGCGAUCCGACCCUGGCCUGGUCGCCGUCGCGCGCACUGGCGACUUCCUUCUCGCCGGCCUCGAGGACGACCCCAGGUGGUGCAUCCACGACUGCCGCAACGGCCACCUCCUCCUCUCCAAAGAUGGAUCCCUAACAGUCUAUGAUCCCGUCUUCCUUCGCCGCGCUGACAUAAGCUCCCCACAAGAUGACCCAUUCCCGGGCACCGCCAUUAACUGCUUGCUCGACGGCGGAGACUCUUCUUUCCGCGUCGUUUCCUUGCAGAUGGACGGUCGCGACAACAUGCGAGCUGUCGAGUACGACUCCAGAUUACGCGAGUGGCGCUAUCACCCAUGGGUUGUGGAUGCCAUGAAUCCGCCUUACGAAUACCACGCGACGUACGCGUCCGGGCACAUAUUCGUGGACGACGACGCGUCCACCGGUACCUCGUCGCUCAUGAUCGAUACCCGCACCAUGAAGUUCUACACGCUCGAGCUUCCGCCACGCAUUCCAAGGUACUCCAUCGGAGAGACCGAGGACGGCAAGAUCUGCCUCGUGUGCGUGAGCAACCGCCGGCUACAGGUGUGGCUACUCAAGAAGAACCACUGCGGCGUCAGCAAUUGGGAAUUCGAGAAGGACAAGCCAUUCAGCAAGCUGCUUCCUGGCUGCGGCAAGUAUCGCGUCGAGAAGGUGGUCGCCGGACUAGCCAUUGUUUGGGCGGGCAGUGUGCAUGCCGGUGCCGGCGACAAGUUUCAUCAGUAUGCCAUUGACCUAAAGAACCUCAGCCUCGUGGCCAAACUUUGUGAAGGUGGAACAGUGGCUUAUCCUUUCCAUCUACCAUGGCCACCGUCUGGCUUGACUGCUGCCAAGCGACGCGAGCUUCACAUUGAUAUUGGCAAAGAUACUGGAAAGAAACAAAAACGUUUUGCACAACGUGGGGGUUAUGCCAGAAGAUGUAGCUUGAGGCAUGCAUAAAGUACGAAAGAGGAGCAAUGCAAGGAUGAAAUGUCAUGUGGUGAAGGAAAUUUACGGAUAGGUAGGUCCGUAACAUAUCUAAAAUAAUGAAUAAUCAGAGGUCAAAUCUAUUUGCGAGAUCAGGCUGCCCUCUUGUCAGAGGAGA